ACAACAAUAUCCUACUAGUUCACUUAUAGAAGCACGAUAUCAAACCGGAAAAACAACUUAUUAUAACUGGUACAAUGUGCAAUCUUUAGGAUACUAUCCAGCACAAAUAAAAUUUACUCAAAAAAAUUCUAAAGAAGGUGUUCAAUAUCCGAUUCCUGAUGAAUAUUGUGUUGAAACAAGUUUACUUAAAAAACAAAUACAAUGUAAAACAAAAUAUCAGUCAAAUGGAAGUGUAAGAUUUACAAUUAUAUGGAUAGAAAAUAAAAGUGAAUGGAGUUUACAUAGUGAUAAAUCAGCAUCGAAUUGUUUCAUUAGAUAA